UUUCUCUUCUUCCUCCAUCAUUCCUCCUUUGUGGCUGGCCCGUAGGUUAAUGAUCAUUAUCCCCGGAAAGAAGAAGAGAGAAGGCGACCCAAACAAAGCUAUACCUUCUUCUUUCCAUCCACCAAGAAAAAGAAAAAAGAAAAAAAGAAAUCUAGAGAAAAAAGAAGUCCGGCAAGAUGAAUGACUUAUUCUCUAAUUCCUUUAAACGUUACCAAGACCUUAAAAAACAGGUAGAAAUGGAUGACUUGGAAGGUGGGGCCAAGGACACGGUGGAUCUCGACAAGUUCUUCGAUGACGUGGAGAACGUGAAGCUGGACAUGAAGGCUGUGGAAGCCCUUCACAAGAAGCUGCAAGAGGCAAACGAGGAAUGCAAGACCGCACACAAUGCCAAAACCAUGAAAGAUUUAAGGUCUAGAAUGGACGGUGACGUGUCCCAAGUGUUGAAACAGGUCAAAGUCAUCAAAGGAAAACUCGAGGCCUUUGAACGGUCAAAUGCGGCCUCUAGACGUGUCCCGGGUUGUGGCCCGGGAUCCUCUACAGACCGCACCAGAACCUCGGUUGUGAGCGGGCUGGGGAAAAAGUUGAAAACAAUGAUGGAUGACUUCCAAGCGCUUAGGAGUAGGAUGAACUCGGAGUACAAGGAGACGGUGGCGAGGCGGUACUACACCGUCACGGGGGAGCAGCCAGACGAGGAGUUGAUCGAAAACUUGAUAUCGAGCGGGGAGAGCGAGUCAUUCUUGCAGAAGGCGAUCCAAGAGCAAGGGCGUGGCCAGAUUCUUGACACCAUAUCGGAGAUUCAAGAGAGGCACGACGCGGUGAAGGAAAUAGAGAGGAACCUGAUUGAGCUCCACCAGAUUUUCCUAGACAUGGCGGCGCUGGUGGAAGCACAAGGGCAGCAAUUGAAUUCGAUAGAGAGCCACGUGGCGCAUGCUAGCUCGUUCGUAAAGCGUGGAACGGAGCAGCUCCAAGAGGCUCGGGAGUAUCAGAAGAGCUCUAGAAAAUGCACAUGCAUUGCCAUCGUGCUCGUCCUUGCUCUCAUUGCCGUCCUCCUUUUCCCUAUUUGGUCCAAUCUGUUGAUGAUUCAUUUGAGGUAGAUUAGAGAGAUUUUAUUGUUAGACUUUACUGAACUCUAAACGAAGCAUAUCAUGGUUAUUUUAUGUUUUCUUAGAAUAACCAUUGUUUUAUGAUGUAUAUACAUUUUUUUAUCCUUCAAAAUGUUUCUCC